GUUUAUAUAACCUCAAAAUAUCAGAAGACGUGGUUGUCAUUUAAAAACUGUAUAUAUAUAUUAAUAAAAUUUUGUCAAUCGUUAACGUCAUAUCCGUUAAUAUGUGCAGUAACAUAAAAUGCAAUUCCGUAAACAAAAAUAAUCUGUAUAUUAAUAUAUAAAAGCAAGUACGUAAUUAAGAAGCAGCAGUACAAACUAACCACAAAUCUGUAUAAUGAUAACAAUGAAAAGCAAUUAACGAAAUAACAAUGGAUAAAAUAUUAAGAAGCACAUUACGUAUUAAUCAACGAUUAUUGCGUGGAUAUUCAACCUAUCAAUAUUUGAAAAUUCUUAAGGAUCAUGCUACGUGUGUAUAUAUGAACAACAAUAAUCACAUAACAAGGAGGUCAACUCUGUUUUUCACUAAGAAAUCGUUUAAUAUUGUACAAAAACGUACAAUGUUCAUACAGACGCAAGAUACACCAAAUCCUAAUAGUUUAAAAUUUUUACCUGGAGUCAAGGUAUUAGAACCAGGCCAGACUAAAGACUUUCCUAAUGCUACGGAUGCAUAUUGUUCACCACUUGCAAAAAUGUUAUUUCGCAUUGACGGUGUAAAGUCUGUAUUUUUUGGUCCAGACUUUAUUACAAUAACAAAAGCAGACGAAGAUGUUGAAUGGAAAUUACUGAAACCAGAAAUAUUUGCCGUUAUAAUGGAUUUUUUUGCAACUGGUUUACCCACAUUAACUGAUGAACAGCCAGCAACAGACACUCAAAUUAGCGAAGAUGAUAGCGAAAUAGUACAAAUGAUUAAAGAAUUACUAGAUACUCGAAUACGACCAACAGUACAGGAGGACGGAGGUGACAUUGUAUUUAUGGGCUUUGAAGAAGGAAUAGUGAAAUUGAAGAUGCAGGGUUCCUGUACAAGUUGUCCAAGUUCUGUGAUCACUUUAAAGAACGGAGUUCAAAAUAUGAUGCAAUUUUACAUCCCAGAAGUACUUGGAGUAGUGCAAGUAGAAGAUGAAACUGAUCAAAUCGCAAAAAAGGAAUUUGAAAAGUUUGAAGAAAAGAUUAAAAAUUCUAAAACUAGUGAAAAAUAGGCUUUUAAUCGUUAAUCGUAUAUAAAAGUAUUGUACAUGUACAAAUAAAUUAAACACUUAUUUCUUCUUUU